AUGAUAACGGUAUUUCUCAUAUUACUUUUAUUUAUAUUAUUAAUAGCAUACGUUAUAGAAAGGGAAAAAAGACCAGAUAAUUAUCCACCAGGUCCGAAAUGGUGGCCCCUGAUAGGAAAUGGUUUUCUAUUAAGAGAUUUAUCUAAAAAAUUAAACGGACAACAUUGGGCGUUGUCAAAAUUAGGGGAAGAUUACAAGACUCCAGUUUUGGGUUUGAAAUUGGGGAGGGAAUUUGUUGUUGUUGGUUUGACACCGGAAGCAAUAAGAGCCAUACUCACAAGGGAUGUUUUCACCGGGAGACCACAAUCCUUUUUCAUGAAAUUACGGUGUUUCGGCAAAAGACAAGGUAUAACGAGCACCGACGGAUACUCAUGGAAAGAACAAAGAGCUUUUGCAACGAAACAACUCAAACAAUUGGGUUUUGGAAAAGAAACGAUGGAUUCUUUGAUAUUAGUUGAAGUCGAAGAAUUGAUUCAAAUUUUAAAAAGUGUCGUUAACGGUAUUGGAAAUAUAACGUCACCGAGCGUUCUCAACGUUUUAUGGGCAUUGGUCACGGGUAAAAGACUUGAAAAAUCAGAUCCGAAAAUAAAAAAAUUAUUAAAUUUACUUAAUAGAAGAUCUAGAGCUUUCGACAUGGCCGGAGGUACAUUAAAUCAAAUGCCCUGGCUUAGAUUUGUCGCACCGAGAACAAUCGGUUAUUCAUUGCUACAAGAGCUUAAUGCAGAACUUAAAAGUUUUCUUAUGGCGAGUUAUUUUGAUUACUUACAGGAAACGAUUGAAAGUCACAAAAAUUGUACGAAUUUAGAAUCAAAUAAAAAUCUCAUCGGUGCUUUUUUUCAAGAGCAAAAAUUAAAAACAAACAGCAUAAAUUUUACCGAUGAACAGUUGGUCGUUUUACUAUUGGAUUUGUUUUUAGGAGGUGCACAAACUACUAGUCAAACAUUAGAUUUUGCUUUUUUGCUCAUGAUCAAAUAUCCGGAAAUUCAAGAGAAAGUACACGAAGAAAUAAUAAAACACGUUGGUAAAGAUCGAUUACCGACAAUCGAUGAUAAAUCAAAGUUAUAUUAUGUAGAAGCAGUUCUUUUAGAAGUAAUGAGAAUGUAUUGUGUGGUACCAAUUAUUGGACCGAGAAGAUGCUUAGACAAAACUGUAUUAAAUGGUUACAACAUACCAAAGAAUACAACACUGUUAUUAAAUUUACAUGCAGCUCAUCAUGAUGCAACAUUAUUUCCAGAACCUUAUAUUUUUAAACCUGAAAGGUUUAUUAGCUCAGAAGGAAAGCUUAUAAAUCAAGAAAGCGUUUUGGCUUUUGGAUUAGGUAAAAGAAGAUGCCUAGGAGAAGCUCUGGCUAAAUCUUGCCUAUUUUUAAUUUUUGCCGGUAUCAUGCAACAUUUUAAAAUAACUAAAUUACCUGAACACGAUGAUCCUUCUCUGGAACCUUUGAUUGGGAUAACAAUUGCACCCAGACCUUAUUCUGCCAUAUUUCACAGUAUUUAA